AUGGAUAAUAACUCUUCUCAAAAAAAUAUUACAAAUGAUUAUGAGAAUGACGCUUUUGAUACUCAAAAACAUAAUGCAUUGCUCAAAAUUCGGUCAACAUAUCAAAAUUAUAUAUCAUUAGAAAAAAACAAUACUAACUCACAAGUUGAAAAUCAGACCCAAGCAAUGUCUACAUGUGAUUACUUUAGAAAACAAAUAAAGCAAAUACACCGUAGUAGUUCUACAUUGCAUAAUGAUGUAUUAAAAGAGUAUCUUAACGCACCUAAUGAAGAUACAAAUGUUCUUGCUUAUUGGAAAUUAAAUCUUCAUACUUACGAUAGGCAUCUCUUAUUUGAAUAG